AUGAAUGUAUCGAAGGCCUUCUGGUCGUGGGUGAAGUGUUUCCUUACAGAGCGGACUCAACAUGUGAAUUUACAUGGUGUUAUAUCCUCAAGCGCCCCCUGUCCAGCUGGAGUCCCGCAAGGCUCCGUUAUUUCCCCAACACUGUUCAAUAUUUAUAUUAAUGAUUUGGAAAACACGUUAACAAACAACUUUACAAACACGCACAAGUAUGCAGACGACUGCACUCUUGAUGAGGUCGUUGCAAACGGAGCCCUUUCAAAUGUGCAGGAAUCGACUAAUCAAGUGAUGAAUUGGGCCAAUGAUAAUAAAAUGGUGGUGAAUCCCAAAAAAACUAAGGACAUGUGGAUCAGUUUUUCCCAAUCCUCUCCUGAACCCCCACCUAUACAAACGGAUGGAAUUGAAAUAGAAAGAGUAAACUCCUUCAAACUUCUCGGUGUAUGGGUGCAAAAUGAUUUAAAGUGGAAUACCCAUGUUUGUAAAACAACAAAAAGAGCAAAUAAGCUAUUAUUCCUUCUCAGAGAGUGUAGGAAAUACUUCCUACCACCCGAGAUUGGUUUAUUAACAUAUACGUCGAAGAUCCGGCCAAUACUUGAAUACGCCUCUCCAGUUUGGGGUGGAAUCCCUAAAUAUCUUGAUGUAGAAAUUGAACGUGUUCAACAAAGAAGCUUGAGAAUCCUAGGAUUGGAGACAUGCAACGAGCUGAAAAGGAUCGUGGAAGUCCCAAACAACCAAUGUAAUCGUUUCCUAUCUGGUAAUAAGAAUCACACUUACGAACUAGAAGGACUAGAGACAGCACUCCAAGACAGCUCUCAAAAACACACAGGCAUAGUACGUCUUUUAUCCCAAGGGCGUGUAGAUUAA